AGUGGCUUAAUUGGCUACAAAUUAUUUCGAGUACAAGGCUAGGGAUUAACUACAACACUCGUCUUUUGCUAUCGCUUUCGAUUCUCCAAUCGGUCUCAGUCAUCUCUCCGAUCUAACCUGUUUCAGUUUGAAGAACUCGAUUUGAAGUUCCAGAUCUGAUGAAAAUAAGACCAAGUUGCUUCUAGAUAUCAUAACAUGGUAGUCCGAGGUAAAAGAUCUAAACGUGCUCAAGGGAGAGGUCGCAGUGAUCCACCACAACCUUCCACUUCCCUAGGCGUCAAGAAUGACAAGAACAGAAUUCAAAAGAAAGGACCAGUAAAGGGUUUUGAUGCAUUAAAAAAUAAGCAAAAAUUUGCUCCUUUCAAUUCUGAACAGAAUGAUGAAGACAAUAACUACAAUGAUGGUGAAGAUGAAGAGAUGCAAUUCGUCAAUAUUUAUCAACAACAACUACAGGCGACUGUUGCGAAUAAUUCAGAAAUAUGUAUUGAAGCUGGUGGAGGAUCCCAUGUAGAAACUGACAGGCAGAAAGUUAUAUCUUUAGAGGGUGCUUCUAACCCAGGUAGACGGAUUACUCGUGGUCAAGGGAGAGGUCAUAGUGAUCUACCAGGGCCUUCUCAACCGUGCAUUGAUCCACCACCACAACCAGUACAUACUUCGGUUUCCACAGGCGUCAAGAACGAUAAGAAUCGAAUGCAAAAGAAAGGCAGGGGCAAAGGGGUUGAUCCAUUAAAUAAGAAGCAGAAAUCUACUGCUCUUAAUUCUGAACAGAAUGAGCACUGCGACAAUAAUGGCGAAGAUGAAGAAUUGCAACUCAUCAUUGACAAAGUUUGUCAAUCAAAAUUACACAAGCAAGAAGCAACUGAUGCAAAUAAUGUGGAACAGUUAAUUGGAUCUAAUUUCGGACUUUCCAACAAUGCGAGGUCAUCAAGCGUAGGAUAUCCUGUAGAAGCUGAUACGAGAAAAGUUAUAUCUGUAGAGGGCAUAUCUAACCCAGGUAUUGGAACAAAACGUGGUCGAGGGAGAGGUCGAAGUGAUCUACCAGGGCGUUCUCAAUUGUGCACUGAUCCACCACCACCACCACUGCCACAAGCAGCAGCACAUACUUCGGUUACCCCAGGUGUCAAAAAUGACAAGAAUACAAAUAAAAAAAAAGGACGGGGUAAGGGGGUUGAUACAUUAACUAAUAAGCAGAAAUCUACUGCUUUUAAUUCUGUACAAAAUGAUGAACACUAUGCCAAUAAUGUUGGGGAAGAUGAAGAAUUGGAACUCAUCACAGAGAAAAUGAUUCAACCACAAUUACACAAGCAGCAAGCAACAAAUGCAAAUAAUGUGGAAAAGUAUAUUGUAUCCAAUUUUGGACCCCACAAUGUGAGGUCAUCAAGUGUGGGAUAUAAUGUAGAAACUGAUACAAGAGAAGUUAUAUCUGUUGAGGGCAUAUCUAACCCUGCGGCAAUCAGAGGUAGAGGAAUCAGACGUGGUCAAGGGAGAGGAUGUAGUGAUCCACGAAGGCCUUCUCAAUCAUGCAUUGAUCCUCCACCACCACCAGCUCAUACUUCAGUAUCCACAGGUGUUCAGAAUAACAAUAACAGAGUUCAAAGGAAAGGACUAAGUAAGGGGUUUGAUGCAUUAAAUAAUAAGCAGAAAGCCACUGCUUUUAAUUCUGGACACAAUGUCGAAUACGAUGAUUAUAGUGAUGGUGAAGAUGAAGCACAACUCAUGGAGAAAAUUUAUCAACGACAAUUACUCAAGCAGCAGACAGCUAUUGCAAAUAAUGUGAAAAAAUGUAUUGAAGACAGUUUUGGACUUUCCCACAAUGUGAGGCCAUCAAGUGGAGGAUCCCAUAUAGAAGCUGAUAGGAGAAAGGUCGUGUCUGUAGAGGGCAUCUCUAACCCAGGUAGAGGAAUUAAACGUGGUCGCGGAAGAGGUCGUAGUGAUCCACCAGGGCCUUCUCAAUCAUGCAUUGAUUCACCAGCAGCAGCUGCACAUACUUUGGUUUCCCCAGCCGACUGUGAUAGCUGGCAGAAUGCUCACCCUACAUUCUUUCACAGAGGUGAUACUUCUGCCACAAAGAGUAUGAAGAAUGACAGGAACAAGAUCCCAAAGGAAGGACUGGUUAAGGGGCUUACUGCAUUAAAUAAUAAGCAGAAAUUUACUGCUGUUAGUUCCGGAGAGAGUGAUGAAUACUCUGACUACGAUGAUGGGGAAGAUGAAGACCCUGACUAUGAUGAUGGGGGAGAUAAAGAGAUGGAACUCAUUGGGGAGAAAAGUAUUGAACAACAAUCACUCAGACAACAAGUAGCUGACACAAAUAAUGUGAAACAAUGUAAUGGAGGCAAUUCCGGAGUUUCCAAUCAUGGGAGCAUGGACAGUGCAUCUUCAGAUUCUGACCCACACCCAGCCCAUCCACCAGGCAACGACCCAACUUCACUGCUUUUCUGUGGAAGAUCUGGUGUAGGAAUUGAUAGAAGAAAAGUUAUAUCUAUCGAGGAUAACUCUAACCCGAGGAGGUUUGUUCCCCAAAGUGUUACCCGUGAAAUUAUAUCUACUGUGAUUGCACGGAUGCCUACUGCAGCUGCGAAGUGGAAAGAUUAUCCAAUUGAAAUGAAGGAUGAGUUAUUUAGGGAAUUCAUGGGUAAAUACAAUUUUGCAUCGGAUUCUGAACGCAAUAUUGCAAGAAUAGUGUGGAAUAGAACAUGUAUGGACCGCUAUCCCGAUCAUUUAAAAAAUGCUAGAAAAACGGCCUUACGACAGGUGAACUCAACAAACUUAGCCGAUACCAAGGGGCAUGGGCCCAAAGGACUGAAGCCAGAAGUAUGGAAUGGUUUGGUUGACAUCUGGUUGAAACCAGAGUGGACGAAGAAGUCGGAUGCUAAUCGAUGCAAUAGAGCCGCCAAACCUGAUUCAGCGUUGCACACCGGAGGCUCGAUAAGCUUUAGAGAACAUAAGAAGAGGAUGGAGGAAGAGAUGAAGCAAGAAGUUUCCUAUAGAGAUGUUUACGCUCAUGUUCAUAAGAGUAAAGAUGGGGGAUAUAUAUCUCGGCGCUCAAAGAAAUUGAUCGAUUUAUAUGACACUAUGAUGUUGGAAAAGUAUGGAGAAGAUUUUUCCAUGCAUCCAGAGUUUGAUUCAGAAGUCUGGGCAGAGGUGUCGGGUAUGAAUAAGAAGAGGAGAGCUUAUGAAGCUCCUAGCUUAGUUAUUGGCAAUCCUGGACCCAGGUAUACUUCACAUGCAGAUGCUGGUGGUCCCUCCCAUACUGCAGCUGGUCCCUUCCGCACUGUAGCUCCAACUGAAGAAUAUAUUAAGGAAGCUGUAAAUACAGCGAUGACUUCUUUUGUGCAAACGCAACUGGCGCCUAUGUUGCAGCCCAUCUUUUCUAUGAUUGGUAGCUCCAUGCGACAAGCACUGUCGAAAGGUAGAGUAGCUGAGAAAGACAGCGAUUGAUGAUGAAUGAUGAUGAUUGAGUUGUUGAGGUAGUUACAUUAUCCAACUCAGCUAUCUUUUGUUGCUCUGUUUCUGUUUUAUGGUCGCUGAGAACAAUCAACAGUUUAUGCGGACAUCGGUUGCUUAUAGUAUUACUGAUUAAGGCUACUAAAUAUUAUGCUAUGUUUAUUUUACAUUUAAAUUGAUUAGCUGCAACUGAACGUACUUUUCUUUUUGAAGCAUUGGAACUGAAUUACUUGUUGUAUGAAUGAAUAUGUGAAAUGCAGGAGUUGCAUUCAAUUCUCCCCAUA